AGCUUGAUUAGACAUUUACCUUCACAUCUUUUGGCAACCUUUAUCCUACUCCUCAUUGGCUUUGUCCAUCUAUGUUCACUCUAUAUCUUCUCACAAGGGUUUUUACUGUCUCGAUUGACCAUCAACGAUCGAUCGUACUGUGACCCUACUAGCACCAGCAGCACACCAUGUUUCAUCGAGCCAACUCACUCAAAGGCGAUCAUUAUCCUCAUCGACGCCUUGCGCUAUGACUUUCUAUUACCACAUCAAACUGAUCUCAUCACUCAACCGCACGUUCACAACCAUCUCACUCUCCCAGCUCGACUCACCAAGUCACAACCUCAAAAUUCCGCUCUCUAUCACUUUGUAGCAGAUGCACCUACAACAACCCUACAAAGGCUCAAGGGUCUUACAACGGGUACUCUGCCUACCUUUAUAGAUGCUGGCUCAAAUUUUGCUUCCGUGAAUAUGGGCAUCGAGGAAGAUAGUUGGAUACAUCAGCUCAAAUCGAUUGGAAAAGUCAUUGGGUUCGCAGGCGAUGAUACUUGGAUGACCUUGUUCGGCAGCUCUCCUUCCACGGACAUUGGAUCAGCAUCCCAGUACUCCGAACAACAGACUGGCUUCUUUCACCCGAAUCUUACCUUUCCCUUUGAAAGUUUUAAUGUCGAGGAUCUUGAUACGGUUGAUGCCGGCGUCGAGCAUCACUUGUUGAAGAUGAUGACGGGCUCAAAGGAUCCAAAUGACUCUGGUUAUCAAGUCGAUCAACAUUGGGAUAUUCUGAUCGGGCAUUUUCUUGGCCUCGAUCAUGCCGGUCACCGUUUCGGCCCCUCUCAUCCUUCGAUGACAUCUAAAUUGUCACAAUACAAUGCAUUCCUAGAAACCAUUGUCGAUCGAUUAGAUGAGGAUACCCUUUUAGUAGUCAUGGGAGAUCAUGGUAUGGAUUCCAAAGGUGAUCAUGGAGGUGACAGUUUCAUGGAGGUCUCGAGUGCCUUAUGGCUCUACUCAAAGACUAAGCCCUUGAUUCAACAGCCUGAAAAUCUACCAGAUUGGUUAUGGACUGAAUCAGACUUCAUAGAGCUUGAACCUUCAUUGGGCAAAGUGCGUACGGUACCUCAAAUCGAUCUCGUCCCCACAAUCUCACUCUUGUUGGGUUCACCGAUUCCGUUCAGUAAUUUGGGUAUGAUCAUACCAGAAUUAUUCUAUCGACCGAUGACCGAUACUUCUUCAACUGCUUUACGUGCUCGAAAGAUUCAAAGCUAUUCUUCGCUUGAGAGUCUAGCUUUAUCAACUUCCAUCAAUUCAGCGCAGCUCUUAUCAUUCAUUGAAACUUAUGCCGGUACAUCUGAUUCACCUGGUCAAGAUUUGGCACCUCGUGUCCCUGAACUGAGAGAGUUGCAUGCGCAAGGUAUGAAGUUUUAUGGAAAUCAAGAGUUUGAAAAAUCCUUUCAAGCCUAUCGUCAAUUUGGCUCUAGGCUCUUAUCGCAUUCUCGAACCAUCUGGGCAAGCUUCAAUCCUAGUCUGAUGUUCAUUGGAAUUAUCAUCCUUGGACUCAGUGUGUUGGCCUCCUUUAGACUCAUGGAUAGUACAAAAUGGACUACUGCCGGUUCAGCCGCUCCGAUUCGAUUGAUCACUAUUACGGGUGUUUGGGUCGGAUUACUCGGCUCAGUACUUGGGCUGAUAAUAUCUCUUUUGAAGUUAACAUCCACCUCAUUAGUCUCUAAUAUUUUGAUCGGGUCUUCUACUGGAAUCUGUCUUGGAAUGAUCUUCUAUAAAUCCACCAGUCCAAUAUGUAACUUGAAGACCUGUCUCAAAGAAACAUGUCCAUCAUUCGGUUCGUUGGCUUCAGCCAUACCACUUAUCUUACACGCCUUGACGACAGGAAGCAAUUCAUACACUGUUUGGGAAGAUAAAGCAGUGCUUUACUUGAUCUCGAUUUGUGUACUCUUACCGAUCUUGAUCCAAUCUUUGAAUGCUCCUCAGAGUCGAUUGAGGAACAGAUUAUUCUUCUUUACAAUCUUGUUUGCGGUAUGCGCGAGGUUGAUUUCCACUUCAACAGUGUGUCGAGAGGAACAAUAUCCAUUUUGUUCGAUUACCUUUUAUUCGAGUUCGACAAGUUCUAGUGCACCAAACUGGGUGAUGACAAGUUUGAUACCGUUGGCGAUCUGUUUACCUAUUGGUUUAGCUUGGUUUUUAGGCAUCGCAGAUUCUUAUCGAGGUCCGGCUUCAGUCUUUUUUGGAUCUGGGGUACGACUUUCAUUAUUAUGUGGAGUACAAUAUUGGAUUAGUGAUUAUAUUAUCUCGAAUGGAGAUCUUAGUACGAAUCCAGGAUUAAGAGAGACAGGUAGAUGGGUCAAGACUUUGGCAGCAAGAUUUGAUUUAGUAUUAUGUUUAUUGGGUGGAACAUUACUUUGGUUUCUGUUUCCACUUUGUAUUGAUGUUCAACGUGAAGAGAAUGAAGGAGUUGAGAAAGGAGGGAAACCGAAAGUCUUGGUGAUCGGAUUUGCUAAUUCAUAUGGAUCAACUUAUUUGAUGUUCUUAUCAUCUGCUUUUUGCGUAUUAUUCCUUGUGGCUCAACCUACUGGACAAAUGGUACUUUCGAUUAGUUUGAUUGCUAUACUUACUUUAGUGGAGAUUAAUGAUAGUUUGAAUGAUGUUAAAUCAUUAAGAGUUUCAUUUGAAUCAGCUGUCAAUGCAGCCACUCAACAAAAACCUAAAACUCAAUCAAAAGAAAAUCAAGAAGAACCGAUUAAAGUUGAGAGUACUAGGUUUUUAUUGAUUUCAGGUCUAAGUUUAUUAAGUUAUUUGAUUUUCUUUGGAACUGGACAUCAAGCUACAUUUUCAUCUAUUCAAUGGAAAACUGGGUUUAUUGGAUUUAAUACCGCUAAUUAUCUUUGGUCACCGAUCUUGAUUGGAUUAAAUACAUUAAGUGGAUUUGUGAUUACAAGUUUAUCGAUCCCAUUAUUUAGAAUAUGGAAUUUUAGUCCAGUGAUUUCGAUUAAUCAACCCAACCCUUCGAAUGGAAAACGCAAUCAAGGAGUUCAAAUCGGAUUAAUCAGUUCGAUUUUAAAAGAUAGUUUAAAAUUAAUUAUUUAUCAUACGAUGAUUUGUUUAAGUUGUUUGAUAAGUUGUUCGAUCUUAAGAAGACAUUUAAUGGUUUGGAAAAUCUUUGGACCUAGGUUUAUGUUACAAGUUUUGAUUGUUUUAUUGGUAGAUGUUUGUUUGAGUUUGUUUUGUUUUGGUUGGGGAGUUGGGAUUUCGAUGAGAAAGGUUAGAAGAGCAUUUGGUACUAGAAGUGUUUAA